GCUGGCCCUUUAACUGCCCCUUCCCGGGGGCCUGCCCCGCGCGUGCGCACUGCGGUUCUGCGCUUGUCAUCAUGGCGACGCGGGGCCAUGUGCAGGACCCUAACGACAGGCGCCUCCGGCCCAUUUACGAUUAUCUUGAUAAUGGUAAUAAUAAAAUGGCAAUUCAGCAAGCAGAUAAACUGUUGAAGAAGCAUAAAGAUCUCCAUUGUGCCAAGGUUUUAAAGGCAAUUGGCUUACAGAGAACUGGAAAACAGGAGGAAGCCUUCGCUUUGGCACAGGAAGUGGCAGCACUAGAACCCACGGAUGACAACUCGCUGCAGGCUCUGACUAUUCUCUACCGGGAGAUGCACCGACCGGAGUUAGUUACGAAACUUUAUGAGGCAGCUGUGAAGAAAGUUCCCAAUAGUGAGGAAUAUCAUUCUCACCUCUUCAUGGCCUAUGCCAGAGUGGGGGAAUACAAGAAAAUGCAGCAGGCUGGCAUGGCUCUUUAUAAGAUUGUCCCCAAAAACCCUUACUACUUUUGGUCUGUGAUGAGCUUGAUUAUGCAAUCUAUAUCUGCACAGGAUGAAAACCUCUCGAAAACAAUGUUUCUACCCCUUGCUGAGAGAAUGGUAGAAAAAAUGGUGAAAGAGGACAAGAUAGAAGCCGAGGCAGAAGUUGAACUUUAUUACAUGAUCCUGGAACGUUUGGGGAAGUACCAGGAAGCCUUGGAUGUCAUCAGAGGGAAAUUAGGAGAGAAGUUAACAAGUGAGAUUCAGAGUCGGGAAAAUAAGUGCAUGGCUAUGUACAAGAAGCUGAGCAGGUGGCCAGAGUGUAACGCCCUUUCUCGGCGCCUCUUGCUGAAAAACUCAGAUGACUGGCAGUUCUAUCUGACUUAUUUCGAUUCUGUCUUUCGGCUGAUUGAAGAGGCCUGGACUCCUCCUGCCGAAGGUGAACACUCCUUAGAAGGAGAAGUGCAUUAUUCCACAGAAGAAGCUGUGAGGUUCAUAGAAGAUCGGAUAACAGAAGAAUCUAAAAGUUCUCGCCACCUCCGAGGACCACAUCUUGCUAAAUUGGAGUUGAUUAGGCGUUUACGAAAUCAAGGUUGCAAUGAUGAGUACAAACUAGGUGAUCCAGAAGAGUUAAUGUUCCAAUAUUUCAAAAAAUUUGGAGAUAAACCUUGUUGUUUUACUGACCUUAAGGUGUUUGUUGACCUCUUGCCUGCUACACAGUGUACAAAAUUUAUUAAUCAGUUACUUGGAGCUGUUCCCCUGUCGACGCCAACAGAAGACAAGCCAGCCCUGCCCGCCGACAUCCGGGCCCUGCAGCAGCAUUUGUGCGUGGUGCAGCUGACAAGAUUACUGGGCUUGUACCACAGCAUGGAGAAAAGCCAAAAGUGGAAUGUGGUCAGAGAAUUGAUGUUAAGGUACCAGCAUGGAUUGGAGUUUGGGAAAUCCUGUUUGAAAACAGAAUUGCAGUUUUCUGAUUAUUACUGUCUCCUUGCUGUCCACGUGCUGAUUGACGUAUGGAGAGAGUCAGGUGAUGAGUCUGCUGUAUGGCAGGCUCUGACUUUGCUGGAAGAAGGGCUAACCCAUAGUCCUUCCAACGCACAAUUCAAGUUGCUGCUUGUUCGAAUCUACUGUAUGCUGGGUGCAUUUGAACCAGUGGUGGAUCUUUACUCGAGCCUUGAUGCUAAGCAUAUCCAGCAUGACACCAUUGGUUACCUUUUGACCCGAUACGCCGAAUCUCUAGGUCAGUAUGCUGCUGCAUCCCAGGCCUGUAACUUCGCGCUCAGGUUUUUCCACUCCAACCAGAAAGAUACCUCAGAAUAUAUUAUUCAAGCUUACAAAUAUGGUGCGUUUGAGAAGAUCCCCGAGUUUAUCGCUUUUAGGAACAGGCUGAAUAAUUCUCUUCAUUUUGCACAAGUCCGUACUGAGCGGAUGCUCUUAGACCUUCUACUUGAAGCAAAUAUAUCAACUAGCUUAGCAGAAAGUAUAAAGUCAAUGAAUCUUGGGCCAGAAGAAGACGACAUUCCCUGGGAAGAUUUGCGGGACAACAGAGACUUAAAUGUUUUCUUCAGCUGGGAUCCGAAAGACAGGGACGUUUCUGAAGAACACAAGAAACUUUCUUUGGAAGAGGAGACGAUGUGGCUAAAAAUUCGUUCCUUAACGUUGAGGCUGAUCAGUGGACUUCCCAGUCUUAGCCACCCUGCGGAGCCAAGGAACUCGGAAAAGACUGCAGAAAAUGGAGUUUCCACUCGGAUUGAUAUUCUGCGCUUGCUACUUCAACAGCUAGAGGUGGCCAUGGAGACAGGAAAGCGAUUUAUAGAGAAGGAAAUCCAGUAUCCCUUCCUGGGUCCCGUACCUACCAGAAUGGGUGGAUUCUUCAAUUCUGGCUGUUCUCAGUGCCAGAUAAGUUCUUUCUAUCUUGUUAAUGAUGUUUAUGAGCUGGAUACCAAUGGCAUAGAAGAUACAGUGGAGAUCCAGAAGCGUAUAGAGAAUGGUCUUAAGUCUCUACUAGAACAAUUAAAAGAUGUCUUUAGUAAAUGUAAAGGUGACCUCUUAGAAGUUAAAGAUGGUAGCUUGAAAACGCAUCCUGUACUUCUAGAAAAUCUAGUCUUCUUUGUUGAGACUGUUUCUCUUGUCCUUUGGGUAUCUAGUUACUGUGAGAGUGUCCUGCGACCAUUCAAAUUAAGUUUACAGAAAAAGAAAAAGAAGAAAAAAGAAACCAGCAUUAUUAUGCCACCCGUAUUUACCAGUUUCCAAGAUUAUGUUACCGGGCUUCAAACUUUAAUUUCCAACGUUGUUGAUCAUAUUAAAGGGCUUGAGUCACAUCUAAUUGCACUUAAACUUGAAGAACUUAUUUUAGAAGACACGUCUCUUUCACUGGAAGAGAGAAAAUUUUCAAAGACUGUGCAAGGGAAGGUACAGAGCAGUUACCUGCACUCACUUCUGGAGAUGGGAGAGCUGCUGAAAAAAAGACUUGAGACCACCAAGAAAUUAAAAAUUUAAGGAAACACAGAUCAUGGGCACUGAUGACGCUGCAGAGGGCCACAGCCCCACUUUGUCAGGCCGGCUGAACCAUCUGGCCGACUGUCAACUUAAUCCAGAACUUCCUCAUGAAAUGCAUGAAGGACUUUGAUCGUAAUUUUUUUUUAGGUAUUAAAUAUAUAAAACUGACUAAAUUAUUGUAUAUAAACCAGAAGUAGGACCCUCCUGGGUCUGACCACUUUUUAUACACGUUCAUAUGCAUAUGGCAGCAACAAGAGAACCUCCUCCCCUUCCCUUUAUCACCAGUAACACCUUGGGAGGAGAGGGGGUCUUUUAAAGAAGCAAUAGAAAUUAAGCCUACAGCAUUGACCUCAGAGUAGCUGAAUGACCCUCCUCUUUUAGCAGUGAGAGUGUCGGGUCUGGUCCCUGAGCCUUAGGAAGUAAAAAACAGAAGUAGAGGGGGACAUGACCGAGAGCGGGCCCUUCCGCAGCAGCAGGUUCAUUCAGGGCCUUCCUCAGGAGUCCCUCACGCCCCAGGACCCAAAGGGAAAAAGAUCUGUAAGCCUUGGUUAAGCCACUUGCCACUGGAGGGCGCUGCUCAGUUUUCAUAUGGCUGAACAGGCCUGAUAGCCAGGGUAUCCCCAUCCUAGCUCUCAAGAGGGUACAGUCUCAGAAGCAGGCAUGGAAGGCUCUGUUCAUUUAAGGGCAUUUAUGGAGGGAUAUAGUGCAUACCACUUAGUCUGCUGCAAGCCAGCUUAUUUUGGGGGGAAGAUGGGAAUCACUGUUUUAAAGAAAAGAGGGGUACAUAAUUUAUGCAAGCAGGUUUGAUAUUACUUGUAACUCAUAUACAUAUAUACAUACACACACAUACAUAUAUAUAUUUACCUAUAUAUAUGUAUAUGUCUAUAGGCUUGAAAAUUAAGAUUUCUGUAGUGAUUUUAAGUUGGGGAAGGAAGAAAUUUAUGUUAGAGAUUUAACUUGGGUUUGUAAGUUUUUGGCUGGCAAAAGAAAUAUUAUCCAGUGGUUUGUUGUUCACUUCCUUCAGAGCUAAGACUUGGACCAGGAUGGUGUUGACUGUAUUCUACUGGAGGUCCCAGGACCACAGCUUCAAAUUGCAGUGGUCUGAUAGAUAAAAGAAUUGCUCUUUCAAUUUUUUUUUCCAAUUUAUACUGUUUGAUUGACAACUUGUGUGUUUGAAGUCCUGCUUCUGUUUCUGAAUUUUGUUGCCUAAAUACAGUUAAAGUUACUGAUUGUAUAAGAGCAAAGAAAUGACUUUGAGGAAAUUCAAGUAUCUGACCAAGGACUAAUGUUCAAGACCUUACAGGCCCUUCCCAUCACACUGCCACAGUGGAACGGGAUCCUUUUUUUCUUUUAAAAGCAACCAAGAGAGCUAAGAUUGUCUGUGUGUAAAGCAAUUGCAUUUUACACCUUCAUUUUGACUCAGAAUCGCAGAUUGAUAUGGUGAUUAAUAACUGUUGAAAUGUCCAAGGACAUUUUUACAAAUUACUCUUACUUGCUCAAGCUAAGACUUUGUGGAAAUCCUAGUCCACUAAUUAAUUUGAAAAACUAGUUUUGAUAUAAAUUAGUAGCACAGUUGUCAUAUACCCUAUUCCAAAGAACUGUCUUGACAAGAUGAAUUGAAAAUUCUGAUUCUGAAUCUUAUUCAGUGACUAUCUUUUCAUCAAGUUGUGGCCUAUUUUAGUUGGAACUGUGUGUGUGUGUGUGUGUGAGAGAGAGAGAGAAAAAAAGAGACUGGGGUGUGGUAUGUGUGUAUGGCAUGUGUUUUUAAAAUGAUAUUUCUCUGACUGUCUAAAAAAUACUGUCCAUAGAAGCUAGUCUAUCAAUCGACAUGACCAGUCUGACAUUUGACCACGUAACAGGCUGCCCUUGGUCCUCGGUGUCAGUGUGGAACUCCAGUGGUCUAGUAUCCUUCUAAGGCAUCUGGGACCUCUGCUGGAUUUAGUGACUGAUAACAAAUGUUAUGUUGAGAUUAUGCUUCCUUCGUUACCUGGUAAUUUUCCUACUUAGUAUACCAAGCAUUUAAAUUUGAUCAAUCUCAUAUUUUGAGAUUAAAGGGUGGGAUUAUGCAGAAAUGGCCAAUGUCUUAUUGACCUGUUUUUGUGGAAGCUGUCAGGCACUAUAUAAAUUGUGUACAGUUAGUGUGCGUGUGUGUGUAUACAUAUAUAUAUUCUUACAAGAGUAAAAAGCACCCUCUCCCAGAAAUCGUAUGUCAUUGGUAUGUGAAGAGAGUUACUAAAUAAUUCAUUGCUGCUGCUGCUGUUUUUGGUUUGUAUGGGUUUUUGUUUUGUUUGUUUUUGUGUGAUACAUUGAUAUUUUAAAAAAAUGGAAAGGAGAAAAAAACCCCACGACUACUGUUUACAGACUGAAAAAAUUACUGCUUUUUAUACUACUGAGGUCCUAAGAUUCUCCAAAGCAAACAUUUGGUUAAAUCAUUUAUUUGGUGUGGGUAAAAAGUAGAGAAACUUUUAGUGUUUUCCGCAUAAUGGAAAAUGUACAGAUGCUUUAGUUGUGUUGCCCAUCAAUUUUGUAUAUUUUCAUAAUUUUAAUUGUUCAAAAUUGCAUUAUAUUUUCCAAUCAA